UCGAUCAGUGAUGCUGGCAUCGAUUAACUCCUCGUUUCCCGCGACUCCCGCAGCAGCAGCAGCAGCAGACCAGAGCAGCGGAGCUCAGAGGGAUCGAUCGAUCGCUCGAUCGACCGGAAGAAGCAGCAUCACGGCCAUCCUGAGGCCGAUGCCGGAGGAACAGCCGGUGAUCAGCACCACUUUCUGCCCGGGACUCGCCAUCGCUCCGCCCGCCUCUCUGCGCCCUGUUCGGCCCUUAACUCACUCACCGAGACACCGGCUGCAGGACUCCGGCUGCAAGACACCGGCUGCAGGAUGAGCGGCGAUUUGAGGUGUCCCGCGGGAGCCACGAGGGGACGUGAACCGAGCUGACCCGCCGCACAUGCCCGCAGGAUGGGUCAACGGAGCCCGGCGCGCGAGACAUGGCUGCUGAUGCUGGUCGUCGCGGUGUGUCACACCUCAAGGGCAGCCAAUCCCAUCGAUGUCCUGAAGGUCCUGGAGCUGUCGGAGAACAUGGAGGGCGUGUCGCUGGAGGCCGGCCUGUGCACCAGCCGGAAGGGCAGAGAGGAGACGGACCUCUCCUUUAAGAUCGACAAGAAGAUUCAGCUGAGUGCGCCCACCAAGCAACUCUUCCCCGAUUCGCCGUUCCCUAUGAAUUUCUCCGUGUUGACGACGGUCAGAGCUGUGAAAGGCUCACAGGUCUUUCUCCUCUCCUUGUAUGACUCGCAGGGCACGCAGCAGCUGGGCGUAGAGGUCGGCCGCUCUCCUGUCUUCCUGUACGAGGACCACGAGGGUCAGCCGCCUCCCGAGCUUUACCCCACCUUCAGGAAGAUCAACCUGGCUGAUGGCAAGUGGCACAGAGUGGCCUACAGUGUGGAGGGCCAGUCCGUGACCCUCUACCUGGACUGUGUGAGGCUGGACACCCUGGACCUGCUCAGAGGUCACGACCCCCACGUCAGCACGGAGGGAGUCACCGUGUUCGGAACCCGCCUGCUGGACGAAGACGUGUUUGAAGGAGACAUCCAGCAGCUGCUCCUCGUCGAUGACCCCAGAGCGGCGGAGACGUACUGUCGGGACUACAUCCCAGACUGCGACGCGCCCCUGCCCUACGACAGCGUAUUGGCCGAGGAUGAGGAGGCGGAGAGAGCACCUAAGAAACACGUGGUGGAGGAGUUCGAGGAGUUUGACUACAGCGACCUCUACGAAGAAAUCUCCACCGCCACGGUGUCCGCCGGUCCCAAUGUCACCGAGUACGAGAUCAUAGAGUACGAGGACUACGACAACACUACGGGUUACGGCCACGCCGACGAGUACGAGUACGAGGAAGAAUACGACGAGCGCUUCGGACCGGCUCAGACGGAGCGGGGCUUUUCCCUCAACGCACGGGAUUUACCAGAGAAAGGACAGAAAGGAGAACCAAGCUAUUUAGGCGUGGGAACGGAGAUCACCGGACCUCAGGGGCCUCCAGGACCUGAGGGAGAGCCCGGGUCUCCUGGAAUCACAGGACCGGUGGGACCUCGAGGAGACCCCGGAGACCUGGGCCCUCCGGGGCGGCCAGGCCUCAAUGGAGCUGAUGGGAUCCCAGGGCCCCCGGGCAACAUCAUGAUCAUACCGUUCCAGUCAGGUAGUGGAGGUCCAAAGAACGGUGCUGUUUCGGCACAGGAGGCGCAGGCCCAGGCCAUCCUGCAGCAGACCAAGCUGGCCAUGAAGGGACCUCCAGGUCCGCUCGGCCUCAGGGGCCGACCUGGACCACUGGGUGGACCGGGUCCAUCUGGGCUGAAGGGGACCAGUGGAGAGAAUGGGCCACCGGGUCCUACGGGAAUGACAGGUAUCCCAGGUCAGAACGGACGACCUGGGAAAAGGGGUCGAGCAGGUACAGAUGGCGGCCGUGGUGCGAUAGGAGAAUCUGGAGCGAAGGGUGAUCGCGGGUUCGACGGCUUGCCUGGUCUCCCUGGAAACAAAGGGCAUAAAGGGGACAGGGGGAAACCCGGCCUGGCAGGUCCUUCAGGAGAGCCAGGAGAGAAGGGCUCCGAGGGGCCACACGGGCCAAGAGGACAGCCGGGCGAUGCCGGCUCCAGAGGUCUGAACGGCCCCAGAGGUCGUCCUGGUCCCUCAGGCCAACCUGGCAUCCGAGGAAUCGAUGGGGUUCAAGGCUCGAAGGGAAACAUAGGGGCACCAGGAGAAGUCGGAGCGCCCGGACAACAAGGCAACCCUGGAAUCCUGGGCUUUCCCGGUCCUCAGGGGUUAGUCGGGCUGCCAGGAGAUAAGGGGCCUCAAGGGAAGAAAGGGAUGCAGGGCCUACCUGGAAACGAUGGGCCUCCUGGUCACCCGGGGAGGGAAGGUACUCCGGGUGAAAAAGGGCUGCCGGGUCCUCUGGGAGUGCAGGGGCCUGUUGGAUACCCUGGACAACGAGGAGUUAAGGGAGCCGAUGGAGUCCGAGGACUAAAGGGAAGCAAAGGCGAGAAGGGAGAGGACGGCUUCCCUGGCGCCAAGGGGGAGAUGGGAGGCAAAGGCGACACCGGAGACAACGGAGUUGUAGGCGGCCGAGGAGAAGACGGGCCUGAGGGGCCAAAAGGCCAAACGGGUCCUCUAGGAGAAGCCGGCCCUUCUGGUAUUCUUGGAGAGAAGGGGAAACUGGGAGUUCCUGGGCUGCCGGGAUAUCCAGGACGGCUGGGGCCUAAGGGAUCUGAUGGUUUCCCUGGGUCACUGGGAGCUGCAGGAGAGAAAGGGAAAAAAGGUCCUGCAGGGCAACCUGGAGGCGUAGGCCAGAGGGGUCCAAAUGGUGCACGAGGAGGCAGAGGGGCAAGAGGGCCUACAGGGAAAUCAGGAGAGAAGGGCGCCUCAGGACACGAUGGACCCCCAGGAUCCAAUGGAGAGAGAGGACCUCAAGGGCCACAAGGAAGAAACGGAGAGCCAGGACCUAAAGGAUCAAGCGGUCCAGGUGGGAAGGACGGACUUCCAGGUCACCCAGGGCAAAGAGGAGAGCCGGGAUUCCAAGGGAAGACGGGACCUCCAGGACCCUCAGGUGUUGUGGGGCCACAGGGCAAAUCGGGAGAGUCUGGCCCAACGGGCGACCGCGGUCACCCAGGGGCACCAGGGGUACCUGGAGAGCACGGUUUACCUGGGGCUGCUGGGAAGGAAGGUGGGAAGGGGGACCCAGGUUUACCUGGGACAUCCGGGAAGAGCGGCCCCACAGGACUUAAGGGGUUCAGGGGAAGCCGAGGAGCACCGGGAACUAUGGGGCCUCCCGGUCUGAAAGGAGGAUCCGGACCUACAGGAGUCUCGGGAGCCAUAGGGUCCACAGGCGAGAGGGGCCCUCCGGGUUCAGCUGGUGCCAUUGGACAGCCUGGUCGGGCCGGGGCGAUUGGAGGACCUGGACCAAUGGGAGAGAAGGGGGAGCCUGGAGAGAAGGGUCCUAUUGGACCGGCAGGUCAGGAUGGAGAUCAGGGAACAGUUGGGAUGCCUGGAGCUACGGGUCCUGCAGGACCUCCGGGAGACGACGGGGAUAAGGGAGAGCAAGGAGGCCCCGGGCAGAAAGGCAGCAAAGGAGACAAAGGAGAAGCAGGCCCUUCAGGCCCCACGGGCACCCAGGGCCCCAUCGGUCAGCCUGGACUCCCGGGUCUGGACGGGUCGGUCGGCCCCCGGGGGCAGCAGGGCAUGUACGGUCCGAAAGGGGACGAGGGACUCCGUGGCUAUAAGGGCGCGAGAGGGCCGAUAGGAUUACAGGGAAUGCCGGGCAUGCCAGGAGAGAAGGGUGAGAGUGGACAUGUGGGAUUGAUGGGUCCACCUGGGCAACAAGGCCCGACUGGCCCUCAAGGACCUAUUGGGGGACAGGGUCCGAGCGGGCGACUGGGAAUGGUAGGACAGCCAGGUGUUGUUGGAGAGAAGGGGGAGGAUGGUGAGGCUGGUGACCCCGGAUCAGUUGGUUUUUCAGGAAAGCUGGGAGAAAAAGGAGACCAAGGGGAGAAGGGAGAUACAGGCGCUCCAGGAGCAGCUGGUCCUCCAGGAGCCAGGGGCCAAACAGGGGAGGAUGGAGCCAAGGGCAACGCUGGUCCCAUUGGCCUCACCGGGGACUUUGGACAACAGGGAGAGGCUGGACCCAAUGGUGUGGAUGGCCUGCCUGGGUCUAAAGGAGACACCGGGGAUCCUGGAAAAUCAGGACCACCGGGAGCACCAGGGGAACCUGGACCAUCUGGACCUCCUGGGCGAAGGGGCCACUUGGGGAAACCAGGGAAGGGCGGAAAGGCAGGCGUGAAAGGAGUGAAGGGUUCCCCCGGUUUCGAGGGCCCCAUAGGGAAAACAGGGCCCGUAGGUGGCCAGGGGUAUUCUGGCAAGCCAGGCCCCCAGGGUCUAAGAGGGAUUCCCGGCCCUGCAGGUGAGCAGGGCCUAAAUGGACCACCUGGCCAGACAGGACCACCAGGUCCCAUGGGUCCGCCAGGAUUACCAGGACUGAAGGGAGACCCUGGCAAGAAGGGAGACAAGGGUCAUGGUGGGCUGAUAGGUCUGAUAGGGCCGCCAGGAGACAUUGGAGAGAAGGGGGACAGAGGACUGCCAGGAAACCAAGGACUACCAGGUCCAAAAGGAGAUGAGGGUUCAGUCGGCCCGUAUGGCCCCCACGGCCCCCCUGGCCCCACGGGCCUGUCUGGUGCUAUUGGUCUAAAGGGCUCUAAAGGAAACCAGGGUCCGAUUGGCCCCAGAGGAGACAAUGGGCCUGCAGGACCUCCAGGACCACCGGGACUGCCGGCCGUCGGAAUGUCCCCUUAUCCAGAGCGAGGAAGGCGGAGGAGAACCAACCCCUUGGUAGACGGUGCUGCACUUGAACGGGAGGAGGAGGAGGAGGAGGAGGAGGACGUGAUAGAUGGAGGAGAGGAGGACUGGAUGCAGGGGGACCAGGCGGUGCAGGGCGACGCGACGAAGGAGAAGGAGGGCCAAGGCAUGGAGGAAGUGUUUGCGUCGCUGUCCUCGAUGAAAGUGGAGGUGGAGGGUCUGCGUAACCCACAAGGGACGUACCUCAGCCCAGCCCGCACCUGCAAGGAGCUCUGGCUCCUCCAACCUGGGCUCCCCAACGGCGAGUACUGGAUAGAUCCCAACCAGGGCUGCCAUCGAGACUCCUUCAGAGUGUUUUGUAACUUCACUGCGGAGGGAGAGACAUGUCUGCAACCCGACAAGAAGUUCCAGUCGGUGAAGUUGGCUGCCUGGAAAGGGGAACAGCACGGCACAUGGUACAGUAAAUUCAGGAAAGGAAAACAGUUCUCCUACUCGGGGUCCGAGGGCGUUCCGGUACACGUUGUCCAGUUGACCUUCCUGCAGCUGCUGAGCGCCACGGCCAAGCAGACCUUCACCUACCACUGCCUCAACUCCGCCGCGUGGCUGCACACCGCCACCCACGGCCACGAGCGCGCACUGCGCUUCCGGGGCAGCGACGGGGAGGAGCUGACGCACGAGAACGCGCAUUACAUCAGUGCACUGUACGACGGAUGUCAGACGCGCUCAGGGCAGGAGAGGACUGUGUUGGAAUUUGACGCUCCGCUGUCCAGCACGCUCCCCAUCCUUGAUGUGGCUGUGUCCGACUUCGGAAAUGGCAACCAGAAAUUUGGUUUCCAGGUCGGCCCGGUCUGCUUCAACGGUUAACUGAGCCAUGGAGAGAGAUCACAGCAAGAGUAAUUUAAUAGGAGAAAAAAAAUAACUAUGGACAUUUUUUUUUACAUGCAGGGAGAAAACUACUUACAAGACAUACACAAUGUGAUAUAUUUAUAAGUCAAUUUACCUACAACAGUGUUCUUCUUCUCAUCAUGAAUUCUUCCAUACACAGAUUCAUUGACUCAGACUCACACUUAUUCAAUAUAUUCAUCACAAAUCUCACAGCUGACCCACAUUCUGUGUGUUUUCCAGAGAAGAGCAUACAUUUUUUUGGACUGUCAGUAACCUCAGUUACGGAUUUUUUUUUCUUCCUUCCUACUCUGUAGGAGUAAGUGGUGCUCUCAUAGAUUCAUUCAUGUCCUGCUCAUACAAUUAUUACCUAUGCACUUAAUUCCCAUCCCAUCCAUUAUGAGUGAAUCGUCAUCAAACAAAAACUUACAUACCUUAUUCCAGCAACAUUCACCCGCCAUGUUCUGUCUUCAGGAAACCUCAACUUGUUUUGUGUUAUUUUUUGUUUUGUUGUCGUAAUUUUAUUAAUGAUCUGUGAUGUAGUGUAUGUUGGAGUGUAAGUCAUCAAGGUGCUAUUAUGUAGCUCCCUGCAGAGUACAUUUCUUUGAAAUAGGGAACUGGGGCAGUGCAUUUUUAAAAAAAAUAUAUAUAUUGUGAAGCCAUGUUUUAUAUUUUUUCAACAUAACAAACAAUCAAACUGUGGUACAUGAUUGCCUCAAGGUCUUUAUAUGCAUAGUUGUGUGGAGGAGGAGUGACUAACAUAUUUUAAUAAAAAGUACAUAAUGUACAUUUAAAUUAA